GCCGAUUGCAGAUCCCUCCACCUCUCUUCUUUCCAUCGCCCAUUCGUCCCUCUGUCUCUCUUCCUCUCUCUCCCCUUUUCCUCUCUCUCCCUUUUUCUUGCACGGCUCUCUCUCUCCCCCCCCCUUUUGCCUCGCCAUGCCGCAGUCGCUGGCCGCCUCGGAGGCAGAGCCCAUGUCCGACACCUCCCCCGUCGCCUCCGCUCCCCCCUCCGCCACCCCCUCUCGGGGCGCCCCGCCCUCACACAAGGCCGCAAAGGCCACCCUACGUGUGGCCCCCCGGCCGAAGGCUCUGUCGCGUGUGCGCCGCGCCGGGCCACUGGCUUUCGGCUUUCGUCCGGACUCACAUCAGGACAACCUUUCGGCCGAGGCGGCCCAGCAAUUCGAAUCUCCACUUGCCGGGCUGACCUCGCACUUUCUUUUCUCCCGAGCCUUCAAUGUGGACGAGGCGUUUCAGUUUUCCCGGAAGUCCUCCGUCAUUCGGCUGGAGGUCAUCAACCCUCUAAACACGGCCAGCACGAGCGAUCAUGCUUUGUCAACGCUCGGCGCAUCUUCCAUUCACAUGCUAGACCGGUCACGCGCACAGCUGGCCGCUGCGCAGCGUGCCGCCAUUACGGCCGCCCGCCAGGCUGGCGCCUCGUUGGCUCGAUUCCACGGUCGCACCGUUGGCUCUCGGAUUCGGCGCCCCCUCGGCCCCUUCACUCUCCAGCCGACCGAUGCCGAACCGGACGCUCACUUUUGGGAAAAGCUGGCGACCGUGCAUUAUGGUGGGGCCGGGCUGCCACCAGCCUCAGAUGCCGGGACUGCACCCACCUGGGCCGAUGAGUGUGGGGCCUUUGACCAGACCACCGGUGCCCCCCGCAAGACGGACUUGGUGGUGACCCUCGAGUCGCAGCCGGUUUUCUUUGAUUUCGGCCUCUUCGCGCCGGGGCUCCCCUCCUUCGAUUCGACUCGUGCAUCGCUGGCCCUGGGAGAUAAUGCCAUCCUCUCGGGCCCGGAGUAUGGGACCUCCGCCUCGGAGGCAGUGGUCACCGAGCUGGACGCCUGCACGCGAGAGCUCGACGCGGUGGUGUGCAAGCUGGCCAGCCACUCGACGCCUGCGGCCUCGACCGUCCCGUUGGCUGCCACGUCAGCCGCAUCCGAGCUCAUGCCCGCCAUCAGUCCCGAGGCCGAUCUCCCGGUCCGGGCACAGCUCCAGCGCAAUGCCAGUGUCCUGCAAACCCUUCUCCGGCGCCAGGCCCAUCGCCAUCUUCUCCGAUCCGCAUGGCAGGUUGGGGCGGAUAAUACCAUCGCCGAGCAGGGCAAGGCACGUCCCCAUCGGGCGGCUGCCUCACCGGACGAGCUGGCCAGUGCAGCGUCCUUGCUACAGGGUUUGGCCGCGGCCGGGCGCCGCCUGGCCACCCAGCUGCCUGGCUCCACGGUUCCUGCGGCGGUGGGAUACCUGGCUGAGAGCUAUAUGCCGGCACGGUCGCGCUGUGAGACCCUUGCCAACAUUGGACGCCGCUACCCGAAUCACAUCCAGGCACUUGUGGAUAUCAAUGGCCAGCGUCCGGCGGCCAGCGUUGCCGGUGGCCUGGUGGCCGCGCCGCGCACCGUGCCACAGGCAUCGCCAGCGCCUGUGCGAGCGCCGGCCCCGAGUCCGGCUGCUGCUCCAGUGGUCGCCCCGGCUCCGGCUGCUGUCCCGGCCCCGCCGGCAGCGGCCGUCACCGCUCCCGCCACACAGACCCCCGGUACCGAGCCGGUGGUCGUCAAGCGCCGGCGCGGGCGGCCGCGGAAGAAUCCCCUGCCAAUGCCGGUGGCCCCGCCGGUGGUGGCUACCGCGACACAGACACCUGCAGCCGCGGCCGCGGCCGCGCCCGCGAUCGCGCCCGUGCCCAGCCCGGCGUCCGUGCAAGCCUCGCUGCUUGGUCAUGCCCCGUCCGUGCCCCACUGUUUCAACUGCCACACAACGCACUCAGACACCUGGCGGUAUGGGCCAAAGCGUGACACGCGCUUCUGCAAUGAGUGUGGAAUCUACUAUGUCGAACACAAUACCCUCAUGCCCCUGCUCCUGAUCAAGAAUCCGAAUGCCGAGCAGAGCGCUCGCAUUUUGACUUUGAGCUUGCUCGGCCAUCAACAGCAGCAGCAGCAGCAGCAGCAGCAGUAA